AGGUUCAGCGGCUGGAAAAGCUGAAAGCGGCGAGAAAAUACGCGACUGGAGCGAUUUGAAGGAAUGUUGAAAGACACGUGAAGCUUUUUCGAACUUUUGGAGUGACCGUGUGGGAACUGGCCGCUGAUUGAAGAUGUUCUUUUAGAAAAUAAUCACCAGCCAUCACUGGCAGAGGGCACUAUGAACAAUACCACGAAGAAUCCGUUCACAGAUGAACUGAUACUUAGCAAAUAUAGAGACAACUACUAUGAUAUUAUAGGCCUGUACGUUCCACUGUUUUUUACUGCGUUCUGUGCCAACGUCAUAGUAAUUAUUGUCGUUUUUAGGGAUCAGUACAUGAGGAGUGUUACCAAUUACUUCCUAGUCAAUCUGUCCAUAGCUGAUCUACUCGUCACGUUGGUAUGCAUGCCCAAUGCAGCAUGGCUGGCCUACACUACGAUGUAUCCAUUUGGGAAACUAACCUGCAAAAUAUCGCCUUACCUUCAAUGUAUAGCGGUGUCCCUGAGCAUAUUCACGAUAACAGCGAUGGCUCUGGAUCGAUACUUAGCCAUCACAAGGCCAUUCGGAAUGAUAUACAGGUCGUUCAGCAAAACGACCACCGUCGUCAUAAUCAUAGCUUUAUGGGUGAUGUCGCUGGUCCUUUUUUCGCCCAUCCUGUUCAUAUACAGGCUACGAGAGGAUUUUUUCCCGACUGAUUUGGGACUGCUGGUGUCUGUGUGCAUAGAGGAUUGGAGUUUGUUUCCCAUUUCGCAGAGCGAUCUAGGAAUUGUUUGGUUCGUUUUCAUGUUCGCCAUGCCAGGUGUUAUCAUGCUCUUCGCUUAUUCGAUGAUGGGCAGAACUCUUUGCUCUGGAAAACCACCAUUUGACAACGAUUCAACUUCUACCCAACAGAGAAACAAGCUGAUCAAAGGUAGGAAACGGGUAGCGUGUAUCCUUCUGCUGCUUGCGUUUGUCUUUGCGCUUUGUUGGUUGCCGUAUCACCUGAUGACCUUGAUGGCCGAUCUGGGCACUUCAACGGGAGAGCAUACGAAACAAUCGAAGAGGUAUCUACGCCUGCUAGGCCAUGCCAACUCUGCAUUGAAUCCGAUAAUAUACUGCGCCCUCUCCAGGAAAUUCAGAAGGUCCAUCAAGAAUCUGUUCUGCGUAAAGAUGACGUUCAAGAGGAGGAGACAGAUAGUUAAGUGGGCUGACAGCAGCGGUUCAGGAACACAGCUGCAUUACAUGCAACGGCUCAAAAAUAGUCCAAACCACAUGAACCAACUGAAUUUCAACACCAGCAGGCGUCAGUCAAGUCAAAAAACAACGAAAACAUUUGCCGUAUAAAAGAGAAGAACUAAAUGUUAGUCACAGAACAAUAACAUGUUAUGUGGAGUCCACGACAAAAGUUAUUGUUCUGAGACGUUUUCAGAACAAACAAGUGGUCUGUGGCGUGAGAUUUUCAACAGUAAAAAAUUUCGACUAGUGGUUUGUAAAAAUUCCAAUUGAGACAGGGUACUGGUUGCAAACAUGGUAUAAUUUCAAAGGAUAUACUUCGAAAGCAUCCUUAAAUUAACUGAGAGUUGAUUAUUUUGAGAGAAUCCUUUAUUGAAAAGUAAAACUGUGUAGACUUCAGCUCCAAAGGGGCUGUUUCUUGGAAUGGGAUUUUUAAAAGUGCUUUUAUUUGUUUACCGAUUAUAGCAAGAGCUUCAAUCGGUCUUUCCUGUUCAUGAUGUGAUAUGCACAAAUAUAUAUCACUCCUUUUGAAAUGACAAGGGAUCUUUCAGCAAAAAAAUUUUAAUUUCCAAAAUAAUUGUGACUGAGAAAAUGUUUCAACACCAAAACAGAUAAGCUGUGCUUGUUUAUAAUGUCCAAGAUGUGCAAAGGUGAAGCUCCUCUUAAUUUUUUCUGUUCCCGAGUAUCAUCAUGGCAAGGUAUUUAAAUGUCUAGGUUAUAUCUACAACUUUCAAACU